AUGGUCUCGGAAGAGCUCCUCGAAAAAUGCCUGGAGAUCCUUCAGGAUCAGGCCCUGGAUGAAGAAGAGCAGGUUGAAAAGGUCGAAGACUUCCUGCGCGCCAACACCUCGCUGUCAGGGUCACCGUUAGAGAACGCCGUGCUGGACAUCCUCUGGCGGCAUCGCAAUCGUUCGCUGCCCGAUUCAUCACCUCCUCCGACUCGUCAUACGGUGAUACGACGCUCUUCCCCGGCGCCAUGGCAGAUGGCACGGUCGUCGACACCGCUAUCGCCGCACUCGAAUCUGGGGACCAGCCCCGGAAGUACCUCGUGGGUGCAGAGCUCGCGCGGGGCAUUCUCCCGACCUCCGCUCUCCUCAACCGUCUCCCCGUUUACCUCUCCACGUCCAUCGCCCCGCCUUGCGCUGGCGCAACCCAUCCCACACUCGCCAAAUCUGAACGCAUAUGAGUUCUCUGACCAAAGUCAAAUAUCCGAUUACUAUGGGGAUUUCGGCAGCGACAGUAAUGUUGAAUGGCUGGUGGCCGACGAUGCAAACAGCACCACCUCUUCGACGGGUGGCAUGAGCUUUGCUGGGGCUUUGAGCGCUACUGCAGCUGAAUUUGUCCCAGAUAUGAGCCCUCAUGAUAUCCUGCGCACUGUCCUCGGUGACAGACGGUCAAAUGAAGAAAUCGAAGCAGCACUCGAAGCCCAUAGUUACGAUCUCGGUGCCACUAUUGCGGCUCUCUCACAGGACCCAGAGACCGACUCGUUCGCCAAGCAAAGUGACGACGGCCGAGUUGUCGUGGGAAAAUCUAUGACAAUGGAGCAAGUUCGUCCGAUUACGCCGUCCGGCCACUCGCGCAGCCCCGUGGUGUGCAAGUAUUGGCUUUCUACUGGACAAUGCCUCCGUGCGGAUUGCCGUUUCAGCCAUGACUUAACUAGUCAUGUGUGCAAGUAUUGGGUGAUGGGCAAUUGCCUGGCUGGCGAGGGCUGCCCGUUUUCGCACGAUCCAUCGGCUCUCAUCUCCAAUCUCAGUGUCGCCAGUGGCAGUCGCCCAGCCUCACCAGCCACAGGCUCUCCCUUCCAGAUGGACAAUGGCUCGGAUGCCUUCCCUCCACUACAGUCAGCGGCCGAAGACCAAUGGACUGGUUCAUAUGGUGGCCGGUAUCCAGUACAUCUUUCCGGAUUGCAAAAUAAGAAUAUCCCUCCUGGGCUACAUCCCGGCAUGGGAAGACGAAACGGCAGCCUGAAUAGCCUGGGCCGUCCAAACUCACGUCCAACGAGUCGCCAUCAGAAUCGCGAGCUGAACCCCACUGCUCCAUCUGUCGACGACCCGGAUGCCUUUCCAACUCUAGCCGCCGUCAGUGCUAAGAAUGCUGGCAAGAAGAAUCAUAGUAAGCGAGGUGGCCACAAUGGCCGUGAUAUGAGCAAAGAGAACAUCCCCUCCUCGAUGGCGGAUGUUGUCCGCAUGACUCCAUCGCCUGCCCCCAGCAAAGGAAAGUCUGCCUCCAAGAACGCCAAGGACCCCAAGGGCCGCGAAAACAGCGCCGCUGCCCAGUCAAUCCCACCUCCCCAGAAUAUUCCUUGGCUGGAAACUGGCGCUCGAGCCAAUCAACAAUACAUCAAGUACCGCACUGAGGCGAUCCGCCAUGGAACUGUUAGGAACAAGUUCCUGCAAAGUGCCGCUCAGGCUUGGAACCGAAAUGAUGCUCGGGCUGCAAAGGCACUUUCGCUUCGAGGCCAGGCCGAAAAUGAUGCGAUGCGUCGUUGCCACCGAGAAGCUGCGCGUCAGCUAUAUGAAGAGCGGAACCAGCAUUUGAACCAGGCGGGCCUGGACGAAUCCUCAGAGGAGCUCUAUGUUGACCUGCACGGUCUACACCCGGAAGAGGCUAUUGAAUAUCUCGAAAAGAUACUCCUGAAGCACGCUCGCCAAGGGCUGCGGGUUGUCUACGCCAUCACAGGCACUGGUCACCAUUCCAAGAAUGGAAAAGAUAAAAUCGGCAAGGCGGUCAAGGCGUGGCUCAACGAGUGGCGCUAUCUGUUCCGCGACUUCAGCGUCCCCGGUGAACGUGGAGGCUACGUGGGUGGUAUCUUAGGCAUUGACCCGACCAGCUAUGACAAGUCCCUGGCCAGGAGUAUGGCGGAGGAGGAGUCAGCAACAGCGGAUAAUGGGAGCAAUCUCACACUGGGAAAAAUCCAAUUGCUGAAGCGGGAGGAUGUAGAAGCGCAGAGUCAAUGA